GAUGUCGCUGUUGGUUCCGACGUGUACUGUUUGUUGUUGCAAAUCAUAGUUUCUUUACUUUGUUGUUGCAAAUCAUGAAUGAUUCUGCCUGAAAAUGUUGACCCUGCCGGGGAAGUAGUAGAUAAGCGACACCGCCACAAGCUGUCCAGUUGCGUGUCUGUCUGCGUAGAGGGAGUGAGCGAAGAAGUAAUCAGGAAACGAAUCCAAGCGCUUUUGGGAAACCACACGAAAAGAUGAAAGUUUUUUCCACCGCGGUUUCUUUUACGGCGACUGUUGCCCUCGUAGCGGCAGAGGAGUUCAUGUCGCCCUUGCGGGGUGAGGUAGCUGCGUUUUCAAGUGGACCGGAGGAUGAUCCGUGCCACAAGAAGUACCAUGACGAAGCGUCCUGUGCCGCAGACACCACUCUCGGGGGCGGGUACAAUAUUUGUGCUUGCAGUCAUGCGUAGUAGCUUUGCAUGGGGUGGUAAUCAAUGUUUGUCAUGUUGCGUGAUGAAAUUCGAAAUCGAAUUCAAAUCCAAUUCAACCUUCAUCUAGUUGCGUCUGGUGUGUGUGCGGGGCCUUGCCAAGUUCUUGCUGGACAAUUGCGGACGCAAAGAAGCUCCCAAAAGCGGUAUUCAAUUGCCACUUCCCGUCUUCAUCGCAGGUGGACGGGUCCGCGGCGAAUAUGGCGUGUAGAAGAAAGUUUUGUGUCGUGCACUUGCAGAAAAGCGUGUUGUGUACUUUCUUGUGUGGCACCGUGAAAUAAAAGGAAAAGACAACUGAGAGCGCGACUAAAUGCGAUGUCUUGUAUUCUAUCUUCCGGUUCCGAUGCUAAUCUACUUAGGGCGCGACUCGAAAUUUUGUUUUUGUCAGCGUGAUACGUCGCAAGGAGAAGGCGGAGUUGCCGGAAUUGACAAGGGACGAGAGAGCGCAGGAAAAUGCCCUGAGCGUGAACAAGGCGGACUCGACGGAAAGCAGCUCCGGGGAGCAAUGGAUUUAGGUGCGCGGAGGUUGCAAUCGUAAUACAAGUAAGCGUGCGCUCUGAGUAACAAACAACAGUGAAGAUUGGCGGGAUAAAACAGAGCGAUAGGCGGAUACGAAGAGGAGAUUGGUGAAUUGUGAAACAGCUCCGUUUUUUUCUAAAUUUUUCAAAAGAUGAUGAGUGGCGUCCUUCGCAAAAUCCAAAGACGAGUUGGCAAGAACGGAAGAAAAUAGAGCUACCACCAAUCAGAAAUAUGGAAGUGGGCUUCUCCGUGGCUUUCGGGCUGCAGUACGUGUGUAAUCAAAGAUAUGAGAAGUAACAAGAAGUGCUACUCCUGCCUUUAGACCAAGGAACAGCAGCAAGUCGUUGCCGACUCCUGCGCUGUCGAUUGCUCGUUCCUCUAAACAGAUGCGAUCUGUAGUUUCGCAUCAUUGUG